GUGUAUUUUGCGUAAAUUAAACCGGUUAUUGUUGGACGCAAGAGCCAAGCUGCUACGCGCCCUAACCCAGAACAACAACAACAAACCGGAAUACUACUCUACCUAAUUAUAUCAUUAAUAGGAGUAUUUUGUCUUAGUACCUUGUCAGUCUCCCAUCAUGGGAGUACCAGCAUUCUUCAGAUGGCUGUCCAGAAAAUAUGCAUCAGUCAUUGUUGACUGUGUGCAAGAAAAGCCAGGUGAGGUUGAUGGUGUCAAAAUCCCAGUGGACAUCAGCCAGCCGAACCCCAAUGGGGUCGAGUUUGACAACCUCUACCUGGACAUGAACGGAAUCAUCCACCCCUGCACCCACCCUGAAGACAAACCGGCGCCCAAGAACGAGGACGAGAUGAUGGUCGCCAUCUUCGAGGCCAUCGACAAGAUGAUGUCGAUCGUGCGGCCGCGCAAACUGCUCUACAUGGCUAUCGACGGCACGGCUCCUCGCGCCAAGAUGAACCAGCAGCGCUCGCGCCGUUUCCGCGCCAGUAAGGAGACGGCCGAGAAGCUGGAGGAAAUGGCGCGAAUCAAGGCCGAGCUGCGCAGCAAAGGCGUCGAGCUGCCGCCCGACAAGCCCAAGGGCGAACACUUUGACAGCAACUGCAUCACACCGGGCACGCCGUUCAUGGACCGGCUGAGCAAGUGUCUGUGUUUCUACGUGCACGAGCGUCUGAACCACGACGCCGGCUGGAAGGACCUGAAGGUGAUCCUGUCGGACGCCAACGUGCCCGGAGAGGGAGAGCACAAGAUCAUGGACUACAUCCGCCGGCAGCGGGCGAGUCCGUCGCACGACCCGAACACGCAGCACGUGCUGUGCGGCGCCGACGCCGAUCUCAUCAUGCUGGGUCUGGCCACACACGAGCCCAACUUCACCAUCAUUAGGGAGGAGUUCAAACCGAACCAGCCGAGACCGUGCGAGAUCUGCGGACAAAUCGGCCACGAGAUGAAGGAGUGCGUGGGUAAUGUGCGCGAGAAGCAGGGCGAGCACGACGAGAAGCCUCUACCGGUGGUGGCCGAGACCCAGUACAUCUUCGUGCGGCUCAACGUGCUCAGAGAGUACCUGGAGCGCGAGCUGGAGAUGCCCAACCUGCCCUUCCAGUACGACUUUGAGCGGGCGAUCGACGACUGGGUGUUUAUGUGUUUUUUCGUCGGUAACGACUUUCUGCCGCACCUUCCGUCGUUGGAGAUCCGCGAGGGGGCCAUCGACCGGCUGGUCAACCUCUACAAACAGACCGUCUACAAGACCGGGGGCUUUCUCACAAACAGCGGCCGGGUGAACCUGCAGCGAGUGCAGCUCAUCAUGCAGGACCUUGGACAGAUGGAGGACGAGAUCUUUAAGUCCCGUCAGCGCCGGGAGCUCUCGUUCCGCGCCCGAAACAAGGCGCAGCGCCGCCAGAAGCGCGAGGCAGAUGCGAGAAAACACCUCGGAGGGCAGUUCGCUCCGCAGGCGGUCGGCGGCGCGGUAAAGCCCGUGGAGAACGCCCGAAAGGAGUCGUACCAGAUCCGGAUGGAGCAGAUCGCCGCCAAGUCCGACUUCAAGGCCGAGAAUAACCGUAUCAUCGACAGCUCUGCGUCAGCCGGCCAGAAGCGGCCCCGUGACGACUCGGAUAGUGAGGAAGAGACGCCCGACGAGGUCCGACUGUGGGAGGACGGCUUCAAGGACAGGUACUACGAGUCCAAGUUUGACGUGAUGAAGGACAAUAUCGAGUUCCGGCACAAGCUGGCCCGAGAGUACGUGCUCGGGCUGUGCUGGGUGCUCCGCUACUACUAUCAGGGCUGUGCGUCAUGGAAGUGGUACUUUCCCUACCACUACGCCCCGUUCGCCUCCGACUUUGUCAAUAUCGGCGACAUGAAGCCGCAGUUUACGCUGGCCGCGCCGUUCAAGCCGCUCGAACAGCUAAUGAGCGUGUUCCCGGCUGCCAGUCGGUCACACGUGCCCGAGCCCUGGGGAGAGCUCAUGAUGGACCCGCACUCACCCAUCAUCGACUUCUACCCGGUGGACUUCAAGAUCGACCUGAACGGGAAGAAGUUCGCGUGGCAGGGCGUGGCGCUGCUGCCGUUCGUGUCGGAGGUCCGGCUGAAGGCGGCGCUGAAGUCUGUCUAUCACAUGUUGACCGAGGACGAAAAGAGGAGGAACGUGCGCGGCGACGACCGGUUGUUCAUCGGCAGUCGACAUCCGGGCUACGCCGUGAUGCAGGAGAUGUACAAGUCCAACGUGGAGACGGUCGAGGCCAACCCGGAGCUGUUUGGUAAGAUGAGCGGUACACUGAUGCCCGCCGAGGACCUCAUAGACCAGGGAUCCGAUGUCAUAUCGCCCAUACCGCUCUGCAAGAGCUUCCACAACAACCAGGUGGCCACAUGCCGGUACAAGGACCCCCAGUUCCCGGAGGGCUUCGUCUUUCCGGCCAAGAAGCUGCCCGGUGCCAUAUCUCCGCCUCGUGUGCUGAAGCCGCAGGACCUGGACGCCGCGGCCAAGCAGCGCUGGCGGCCCCAGAUCGGUAUGGCCCGCUCCAACACUGUGGCAUCGCUGGGCGCCGCCGGUCACCGCAUGGUCGGGUUCCACCACCACCGGUCGCGCAGUGACGGCAGCGCCGGCUACAACAGCGUACCGCCGCUGAUGCCGGGCGGGCCACCCAGUCUGAUGGGACAGGGCCCGCCCGGAAACUGGCAGGGCGUCUACAACGGAGGCGGUCGGGGCGGCGGUGGCGGCGGUGGCAGUCGUGGAGGCGGCGGAGGCGGCGGGUACCAGCGGGACGGACGGUCAUCCUACUCUAGUCGGGACCAUCGCUACAGCCCAUAUGGCGGCGGCGGCGGCGGUGGUGGCGGUGGCGGUGGCGGAGGCGGUGGCGGAAGAAACAGCUACGGCUCACCAGGAAGAGGAGGAGGAGGGUAUGGCUCAGGAGGCGGAGGGUAUGGCUCAGGGGGCGGAGGAUACGGCUCUUCAGGAGGCGGCUAUGGCUCACAAGGCGGAGGGUACGGCUCCCAGUCCCGGUACGGCGGCGGAGGCGGCGGAGGAGGAGGAGGGUACGGCUCACAGCAGCGCGGCGGCUACAGUACCGGCUCGGGUGGCUACAGGACCGACUCCGGCGGACAGGGCUACAACACCGGGGGAGGAGGGUACCGCUCGGGCGGCGGCAGGGGAGGCGACUCCGCGGGACGGGGUCAGGGGUACGGCGGCGGCGGACGGUAUGGUCAGAGCGGGGCCAACCGCGGAUACCGCACCUAAUCUGACACUCCUGACCGGCCGCCGAGUCAGCAGAGACCUGUGUCGAGCGAUCGGUGGAAGCAGUCCGUACCUGUAUGUCACGUGCCCAGAAAAGCGACCUUUAGUCGCCACAAAGGAAUUGUUAUUGAAAUUUGGUCGAUCGUCAUAAUGUUACUUUAGCUCGUGCUGAAUAGACUGAGCCUCUGCUGUGGUGAUGAAAUGAAGUGACAGCACUAGGAACUCGUCACGUGAGUCCUGUUUUGAGGUACCGGUUUUAUAGGAGCGGAGUGCUCUUGUGCUCUUGUGCCCGAGGCUGCCGGGCGUUGCUACAUUGUGUCACCUUCAUAUUGAUGCAUCGUCCAUUGCGCUGGUAAUGAACAAUGUCUCAUCAAUAAAACGCAGUUCACAUGACCCUUUCCACGCGUAAACGACAAAACAAAUUCCGAAUACUUUACGUGAAUUCUAUUGGCGCGUCGAAGGGUCACAUGAACUGUUUUUGUUACUGUCAUCUCGUUCGACCGUACCCAAAUACACAUCACAUUAACGUUCCACCA